UGCCCAAUUGCAGCGUCAGUACGUUUGAAAAUUUCAUAGCGUGCGGUACGACUUGGCUUCGACGGGCAGUAGCAGCGGAGUAGUGUAAUAGACGUGCGAAUAACAGUGUAAAUUAUUUGUAAAAUUGAACGGUCAAUCGAAUUGGCAGUGUGCAGAAGAUUUUUUCAAAACUACUGUAUUCCUUCAACCCUUUUGAUAUGUCUAACUAAAACUACUUUGGAUAUAUUCAUCGACGCAGUUUAACGUCCAGCAAACAACAUAACUACCUCGACGUAAUUACAACAAAACCAAAAAAGAAAUAUGGCGUUCAUAAAUUUGCCAUGUCUACAAAUUCCGAAACGCUUCAACAUAGCGGUAAUGCUAUUCAUGGCCUGCCUCAUGAGCUACAUGACGCGUGUCAAUCUAAGUAUUAAUAUCAUAGCUAUGGUAGAGCAUACGGACCCGAAUGCCACCGAACCGCUACCAAAUUAUGGACCACGCUAUAACUGGAGUCAAACGGAUCAGGCUAAUCUGCUAGGUGCUUACUUUUAUGGCUAUAUGAUCACCUCGCUGCCGGCGGGUAUGCUGGCAGAGAAUUUCGGUGGUAAGCCGGUAGCAGGCUGGAGUUGUUUACUCACUGCCGCACUAACGGCGCUCACACCACUCGCUGCGGCUUGGGACAAAUGGGCGGUGUUCGCGAUACGUUUCCUCAUUGGAUUUCUGGGUGGUGUCAUCUAUCCCUGUUGCCACAAUUUGGUCUCGAAAUGGGCACCACCAGAUGAGAAGGGUAAAUUUGUCGCCGCUUUAAUGGGCGGCACCUUCGGCACUAUGAUAACAUGGCCUAUCAGCGGUUUACUUAUCGAAGGCAUGGGCUGGGAUUGGGCCUUCUAUUUGGUCGGUAUAUUUGUAUUGAUUGUAACACUGGUCUGGUUUUACGUAGUCGCUGAUGGUCCAGCACAGCAUAGAACCAUAUCGGUACAGGAACGUGAAUAUAUUGAAAAAAGUCUGGGCGACACUAUUACAACCAAGAAGCGUUGGCCACCAUACAAAAGUCUCAUUUUCUCACUGCCCUUCUGGUCGCUUAUGCUACUACAUUAUGGCAGCAUGUGGGGUCUGUUCUUCUUAAUCACAGCAACGCCCAAGUUCCUUAGCGAAGUGCUCGGUUUCAAUUUAUCUUCAGCCGGUUUUCUCUCCAGCUUACCGCAUUUGGCUCGACUGGUUUGCGCCUUCGGUUUUGGCGCUGUCGCAGAUCUCAUUCGCCGCAAGAGUUGGUUGUCGGUGACGAUAAUGCGCAAAACAUUUUGUCUAUCAUCACACAUUCUGCCUGGCAUCUUACUCAUCAUACUAGCUUACUUCGGCAGAGAUCCCUAUGUUUGUGUUGCCAUCAUGACGAUCUCCUUGGGUUUCAAUGGCGCAGCAACAGCCACUAAUUUGCAAAACUCACAAGAUCUGGCGCCCAACUAUGCGGGCACACUCUACGGCAUCAUUAACUGUGUCGGCACGACACCGGGUAUUUUCUCACCGAUGAUUGUGGCUGCCUUUACGAAGGAAAGCAACACCAUCGAGCAAUGGCACAAUGUAUUCCUGAUAGGCGCUGCAGCCUACAUCAUACCCGCAGUGAUAUUUUGGGUAUUCGGUUCAGGCGAAAUACAAAAAUGGAAUGAAAUCGAUAAAAAAUCGACGAAAAACGAUACAAUUAAUACGAAACUGUAAAUGGGAAGCUUGCAACUUGCAGAAAGUAUUAAUCUAUCGGAUAUUCUGGUAUUAUUGUAAAUUUAUUUGUAGCAUAUAAGUUGUGAG